ACGCGUGCACUUGAGGCGCACGGUGGUCUAGUGAGCAUUAAAGUGUGCGCGUGGCGAGCGCUCAAAGCGCGUCAGUGACCGUUCCCAACCUGCCCGCCCCCCUCAAAUAACAUUUCCUUAAGUCCACAGUGCACACAUGACGAGAAGGAUGCACGAGCACUGCAACAGAUCGCCUCAACUCACAUGCAGGUGGAGGAUGGGAACGGCUCGUGGCCAGGAGGAGUUUACACUGGGAGGACUUGAAGGAGCACCAAGGAUUUAGAAAACGGUGCCUUGGAAAUACUCUCUCAUCACGGACUCGGACUCUCAGCCACCAUCACUGGAGAUAAAGCAACAGAACAGCACUUCUUAAUUCGGUGGUUGCAUUCUUUGCCGAAUGCACAUAUCAUCAUGUUUCCCAGGACAGCGUUUCUCCUCUGCGCUUACUCUGUUGCCGCCUUCUUCAGAGAUGUGCACGGUGUUGACCGUGAGGUGGUGUUCCCCGUGAGGCUCGGGGUGCAGAACGACCCGAGGGGGGGAUCCGAGGAGAGGUUUGUGGUGAAAAUACGCGCCUUCCAGCAGGAGCUGGUACUCGACCUGCAGCGAGACUCCAGUUUCCUCGCUCCCUCCGUGGUCUCUGCGCAGGACACUGUGCUGGUGAGCACUGACGUGACCCCAGAACUCAGCCGGUGUUUCUACUCGGGCUACGUCAACAAAGACCAAUAUUCCUACGCCGCGCUGAGCCUGUGCAGAGGGGUGCACGGCGCGUUCGGGUACCAGGGAUGGGAAUACUUCAUCAGUCCGCUCAGAAAUGACAGCGCCAACGACUUGGAGAGCGCGCACAGCGUGCGUCGCCGAGUCGCCAGCAGCAACUCCCUGAGAGGUGCCAACUCCACCGCGUCCAGGUGCGCGGUAGAGACCGAGAUCAGUGCCGAGGGCGCACAGUCGUUAGAGAAAUACAAGAACCUGAAAGCCAAACACAACGUGACCGAAGGCAGGCUGAAGCGACUCGGGCGCGCUAAGCGAUUCGCGUCGAUCCCCCGCUACGUGGAGACGCUGGUGGUCGCGGACGAGUCCAUGGUGGAGUUCCACGGGGACGACCUGAAGCACUACCUUUUGACCUUGAUGUCGGUGGCGGCGAGGCUAUACAAACACCCCAGUAUUCAGAACUCCAUCAGCAUCGUGGUGGUGAAGUUCGUUAUGAUCAACGAGGCCGACAAGGGACCCAAGGUGUCAGGGAACGCGGCCAUGACCCUGAGGAACUUCUGCACUUGGCAGAAAAAGAUGAACAAGAACAACGACAAGCACUCGGACUACUGGGAUACAGCCAUACUGUUCACCAGAGAGGACCUGUGUGGGGCCUCCACCUGUGACACCCUGGGCAUGGCCGACGUGGGCACCAUGUGCGACCCGAAGAGGAGCUGCUCGGUGAUCGAGGACGACGGACUGCCCUCCGCCUUCACCACCGCUCAUGAGCUCGGUCACGUGCUCAACAUGCUCCACGACAACGUGAAGGCGUGCGAGGAGGCGUUCGGACGGCUGCAGGACAACCACAUGAUGUCGCCCACGCUCAUCCAGAUCAACCGCACCAGCCCCUGGUCGCCCUGCAGCGCCGCCAUCCUCACCGACUUCCUGGACAGCGGGCACGGGGAAUGCCUGCUGGACCAGCCUCAGAAGCCCCUGGCCCUGCCCAACGGGCUGCCCGGGUCCACCUACGGCCUGGAGCGGCAGUGUGAGCUGGCGUUCGGCGAGGGCUCCAAGCCCUGUCCCUUCAUGCAGCCGCCGUGCGGGCGUCUGUGGUGCACGGGGAAGACCAACGGCCAGCUGGUGUGCCAGACGCGCCACUUCCCCUGGGCCGACGGCACCGGCUGCGGGGACGGACACGUGUGCAUCAGGGGGGUCUGCUCUGACAAGCAACAGGUCCACACGGUCCGGGUGGACGGUCGCUGGGGAAGGUGGGGCUUGUUUGGGUCGUGCUCACGCACAUGCGGGGGAGGCGUCCAACUGUCAAAGCGAGAUUGCAGCAACCCAAUCCCCUCCAACGGCGGCAAAUACUGCCAAGGGGUACGGGUGAAAUACCGCUCCUGCAACCUAAACCCCUGCCCGGACACAGGUAAGAGCUAUCGCGACGAGCAGUGCGCGGCAUUCAACGGCUUCAGCCUCAACACCAACCGCCGCACGCCGUCCGUGGUGUGGGUGCCGAAAUACUCGGGGGUGUCGCCCAAGGACACGUGCAAGCUCAUCUGCAAGGCCAACGGCACGGGCUACUUCAACGUCCUGUCGCCCAAGGUGGUGGAUGGCACGCCCUGCUCCCCAGACUCUCCAGGAGUGUGUGUCCUGGGUAAGUGCAUCAAGGCCGGCUGUGACGGCAAGCUGGGCUCCUCCAGGAAGUUCAACAAGUGUGGCGUCUGCGGCGGGGACAACAAAAGUUGCAAGAAGGUUUCAGGGCUCUUCACCAAACCCAUUAACGGCUACAACUUCGUGGUGCUGUUGCCCGUGGGCGCGGCCAACGUUGACGUCCGCCAGCGCGGCUACAAGGGCAUGGUGAGCGACGACAACUACCUGGCGGUGAAGAGCUCCCGCGGCGACUACCUGCUCAACGGCAACUACGUGGUCUCGGCCGUGGAGAGCGACAUCUUCGUGAGGAACAGCCUGGUGCGCUACAGCGGCACGUCGGGGCUCUCCGAGACCCUGCAGGCGGUGAAGCCCCUGGGGGAGGCGCUCACCGUGGAGGUCCUUUCGGUGGGCAAGAUGACGCCGCCGCGCAUCCGCUACUCCUUCUACCUGGCCCGCCAGGUCAAGGAGGACAAGAGCCUGAGGACCGAGGGCCGCUCGCCCAACAGCGUCCUGCCGGAGGAGGGCGGCAAGGCGGCCGGCGAGGACCACCUGAAGGGCGCCUCCUACAGCAAGGCGGGGCCCGUGCAGGCCAAGUGGCUGUCGGGCAGCUGGGCGGCGUGCUCGUCCAGCUGCGAGGGCGGGACCCAGAGGAGGCUGGUGCAGUGUCUGAAGCCCGACGGGAGGCCCGGCGCGGACUGCGAGGCCGGGCAGAGGCCGGCGGCCAGCAGGGCGUGCGGGGAGCUGUGUCCGGUGUGGACCAUCGGGGACUGGUCCCUCUGCUCGAGAACCUGUGGGAAAGGCUUCAAGCGGCGGUCGCUGCGCUGCGUCAGCGCGGGCAAGAAGCUGCUGACCAGGGACCACUGCAGUGGAGCGCGCAAACCUCAGGAGCUGGACUUCUGUAACCUGGCGCCCUGCUAGGGGGCGUGGCUAGAGGCUGCUUAGCCUGUUACCCUUUUAAACGGCGUCCCGUGGAAACAGAACUGCCUCCAAGGUGUGUCCCCUGCGCCAAUCAGGAUCAAUCUAGCUGGUUAUUUGGUACUAUUUGGUUGUUCCUUCUGAAACUGGGGGCUGGUGAAAGAUGAUGACCAUAAAAUUUCAACGAUCAAUGUCUUCACUGUCUUACUCUGAAACGGUGCUGACUUUGGAAGUGUGGAAAGAGUCUGGCUGAUGGUUAAACAUUCCAUGCUCCAUCUAUCUUCUCAAUCUGCUUGGACCAAUUAGGCUCAGGAUAAACCGGGGGGAGAUGGGAGGGGCUAUCCGUGCCAUCAGCUGAUGGAGAAUCGCAAGCAGUCUGGAAUGCAUUUGAUUUAUGCAUUUCUUAAUUAGUGCAGGUUUCUCAUUUUAGAUGGCCAUAUGCAGAAGUAUUAGUUACGUAUUAUUCGACCAGUCCAAUAAACCAGUAUGCUUUCUACUCAAACGUAUUUUGUUAAGACAAGAUAAGAAAACAUUGUAUCAAUCCCCCCAGGGAUUAAUCGGAACGUGAACAAGAUACCGUACUGGGUGACUUCACUGCAGAAUGGAGGGAAAGAAAUAUAGCCAUUUUUACUGCAGCUGUCACUGCCAAAAUAUGUUUUCAGUGCCCUACAAUCCAAACAUGGAAUCCUUUUCCAAUAAAAAUAGAAGAUAAUAAUAAUAAUACAGACUAUUUGCACUGCUUCAGUCCAUAUCAAUCUCUUUAAUGCUGACCUGUCGUGGAAUCUCCUGCAAAGUCGAACCAGAUUCUGUAAUUAAUCUUUAGUGGUGCCAGACCUCCUCAAGGUAAAUUUGGGAGUCUUAACUAAUUUGGACCGUAACUUUGGUGUGUAGUUUCUCCGCUGCAAACGUUUUAACUGCAACCAUAUUAAGCCUGUUCCCGGAACCCUUACAGAGAUCUUCCAGAAGGUUUAUUUUUUUCCCCCAGCGUUUUAACAACAGCAAAACAGGGAUUUGAUCAUUCUCCGUUGCCUUCAUGGUGCUGGACUUACAAACUAGGAGGAAAUCACUCGUGUAUGGAAGACAUUGACUCUCUGCAGAGCGCAAACCAUGGAAACACUUUAAAAUAGGAUCUGAAGUCACAGUGGUGGCUUCGAUGACGCUCUAGAUACAAAGCAGGACAGGAAACAUUGGCAACACGUCCAUGGUUUCACUAGUGUGCCUGCUGUGAUCUGCUGAGACCCAUGUUGAAACACUCAGCCAAGAUAUGGUCUCAUUCUCCCAUCUGACACCCCCGCAUAAACACAGAGACACGGGCACGUGCACACAUUGUGUCAGAACGCCUGCCUUACUUUAGAUUUAUUUGUUUGAGGGUCGGUCUCGUUUUACCAUCUGAAGCCCUGUCGUAUACACAGACACACACACACACACUAUCACACACUGACACGUUUCAGGUUAAACCGCCUGCCUUACGUUUAUUUGCUUCUUUCAUUGCCGGAGUCAUUUGAAGUUGACCAAAGCCAUUGUAUCUUCAGCUGGUCGUGUCGAGCACUGCUCCGCUGGGCCUGUACACGUCUGGCCGCGUAACGCACACAUCAUUUAUUGUGGAUGAAACAACAGCGCGAUGGCAGGGAGAUAGAGCGCUGGCGAGCGUCUGUGAGUCUGCGCCGCCCAGUCAGCCACACAUGUUCACGGGCAGAGCCAAGCGGUCGCUUUGUUUUCACACACACCACACGCUCACUCACACGUGAGUCACACACACGUCCACACACUUGCACCCAUACACAUACUUGCUCAUGCCAAACACAUCCACGCUCGUGCACACCCCCAGCCACACGCGCACGCUCAUACACUCAUGGACGCAUAGCAUGCAUACACACACACAUACCCAGGCUCACACACACAGACACAGAUCACAUACAUGCAACCACAUGUACACGUGUUCCCGCACAUACACAACCACGCACCCAAAUGUACGCAGACGCUCUCGAUGAGAAACACGUGAACACGCUCACGCACACAUACGCUCAGAAACAAUCAGACUUUAACGUACAUACAUAAUAACAUCCUCACAUACAUGCUCACACACACACACACGCACACACACACACACACACACACACACACACACACACACACACACACACACACACACACACACACACACACACACACGGUGAAAGCCGUGUUAAUCCAUUAUAGUCUUUUUAUCCAUCCUGGAGCGUGGGCAUUGUCCAACUUAGAAAUACAUAAUAAAUAAGUUCCUGUAUUACUUGGAAUAUUUUUUUGUUAGCUUCUGCAAUGUGUACAGCAAAAGAGUUCCUACGACCUGCAUGGACUGUCUUGUAUACUAUGUAUACCUCUGGCCAGCUGUGUGCAACUAAAUCGUGUAAAUACAGUUUUUUUGGUUUGGUUUGUCAUUCUUUUUAUUGUAUUUUUUUUGACAUUGCUGCAUUGUAAUUUCUUUUGACUUGAAGGUAUUUAUUCCAAAUAAAGUCAUAUUUGAAUCGAA